AGCCGAUCGUCCAGGGGAUGACAGCUGAGGGAAGUGGUGUCCAAGGGUAGYGAUGGUGCGAAAACGGCGCGUUUUUUGUACUUAAACAUUUCUUUCAAGUGUACAGGAAACGCAGCGACCUAAAKCASAARUUUUAGMGUUAUUUUAAGAUGUCUCGGCGAGCUAAGACGUACGGUGUGGCCUCAGGUCAUGCAGAUGAAGACACACUCCCGACCACAACUCAGACGAGCUUCUUYCAAAAGGGUCGUGAGUUUGAAAGUGCUUAUGUCAACCACAAGUAUACAGAUGAAGAAAAGGAACAGUUAGCUACGUAUGAAAGCGUGGAUUAUUUGCCGCCACACAGCUCAGUUUAUAAAAAAUGGCUUAAACAGCAGCCAUCCAGRCUGGACUGGGAUCGCUGGGUCAUGAUGGGAAUCAUUGGGUUCACAGUUGGUUUCAUUGGGUUUUUGAUGCAUCAACUUAUUGAUGUCAUUGCUGAGUUAAAAUGGGAUAAAGCUUCAGAAUUUAUAAAGGAAAAGGACUAUGCAUUAGCAUGGAUAUGGGUGAUGGGUUACAGCGUUCUCUUUAUUAUAGUCAGCUCUGUUCCUGUUGUGUAUUUGCGUCCAUCUGCCCAAGCGUCUGGAAUUCCUGAAUUGAUUGGCUUUCUCAAUGGUACUGUGGUACGUCACAUCUUCAACGUCAAGACAAUGGUCGUCAAGUUUUUCUCKUGUGUUUGCGCUGUUGGUGCUGGUCUUCCUAUUGGUCCAGAGGGACCCAUGAUACAUUUAGGGAGUUUGAUUGGUGCUGGUAUGAGUCAAUUCAAAUCAGAGACACUAAAGUUAAACUUACCAUUCUUUGAGAGGUUCCGAAACACGGAGGACAGACGUAAUUUCAUUUCUGCUGGCGCUGCAGCUGGUGUUGCAUCAGCUUUUGGGGCACCAGUCGGUGGACUCCUGUUUUCAAUGGAGGAAGUGUCAUCAUUUUGGAACAUGAAACUUUCCUGGCAGACAUUUUUCUGUUGCAUGGUGUCAACAUUUACAACUGACAUCUUUAAUUCAGCAUUUGAAGGCUUUAAAUACCAGGGAGAAUUUGGUUUGUUUAAGACCAAUAAGUACAUCCUCUUCCAGGUCAGCCAUGGUCUUGCAUUAAACAUCUUGGCAUUCAUYCCUACUGUGAUACUUGGUGUGAUUGGUGGGCUUCUWGGUGCACUUUUUACCUUUCUGAACCUAAAGAUCGCUAGGUUUCGUCGCUAUCAUAUUGGAUCCAUCAAAUCAAAAGGCUGGAAAAACUUAGCAAAGCUUAUGGAGCCAAUUAUUAUAAUGAUUAUUACUGCUACUGCAUCUGUCUUUCUUCCUGCUGCUUUCUCUUGUACUCCUUUUGAAUGUUCAUUUGCUCAAGAAGGCUACAGUCCAAAGUGUUUGUCAACAUCCCAUGGUCCACUCCACACAGAAAGAUCUGUGAAGAACUACACAUGUCCAUCAGGGAUAACAGUUGUUUACAACGGCACACAGUUUACAAAUGCUUCCUUUAAUGAAGUUGCAACAUUGCUAUUUGUGACUGGUGAAAAGGCAAUCCACCAUCUUUUCUCUAGAGACACACACUUUGAGCUUGGUUAUGCAGCUCUAUUUACUGUUCUUGCUGUAUAUUUCUUACUUGCCUGUUGGUCAGCUGGGAGUGCAGUCUCAAGUGGUCUGGUCGUUCCAAUGUUGUUCAUUGGAGGCGUCUAUGGUCGUAUUAUWGGAAGAGCAAUGGUCGAUUUAUUUGGGGUUCAUACAACUGGUUACUGGGCAUGGAUGGAUCCUGGUGCGUUUGCUUUGAUUGGUGCAGCUUCCUUCUUUGGUGGAGUUUCCAGACUAACUAUGUCUUUAACUGUCAUUAUGAUGGAAAUCACAAACGACAUUCAGUUCUUGUUACCCAUAAUGGUUGCUAUCAUGGUUGCUAAGUGGGUUGGUGAUUUCACUACCCACCCUCUGUACCACGCCCUUUUGGAACUGAAAUGUAUCCCCUUYCUGGACUCAGAGCCUGUAAUAUUCCAUGAAAACUCUAAAAAUGUCAACCUCGAGUUGUUUACUGCUUCACAAGCAAUGACAACGCCAGCCAUAGUAGUCCAUAAAGUUGAGAAUGUACAACGUCUGGCGCGCCUGUUACUUGAAACUCCUCAUGGUGGGUACCCUGUGGUGCAAAAGGACGAAAAUGGYGUGGAGGUUUUCGCUGGUAUGAUAUCCAGGAAUGACAUCAGCAUCCUUCUCUCCCGUGAAGAUGUCUUUUCUUCMCGAGAAAACUUGCUGCCAAACGAAGAAGAGAUGGAUUUCAGUGGUAUUGACUACUAUUUGAUGAAUAAAGGGUAUCUCCCUCAUGCUCUGGAACUGAACGAAACGUURCAUCGCUACGAAGAAAAUUCGAGAUAUGGACGACUGUAUAUCGAUCUUUCUCCAUACGUCAAUGAUUCUGCGCCAACAGUCCGUGAAAACUUUUCUCUUCAUCGUACGUACAUCAUCUUCAGGACACUUGGACUCAGGCAUUUGGUUGUUGUUGGAAAGAGUAACAGAGUAAAAGGCAUCAUCACUAGAAAAGAUUUGAUGGGAUUCCAGUUGGAAGAGAAGAUAUCUGAUUACAUUCAUGAACAUGUGGAACUGAGAACAAGUGGCUCACCAGAAACCAGUACUGUAACCGUUGGUUAAUUGUCCAGGAAGACAUCUGGUAGCCUUUGUACAGUUUGGCUGCAUGCGUGCUAACAUCUGUUGUCCAUGUAAAAAAGAUAUUUGAGGAAGUCUCACCAUAGGUGGAAAUAUAACAAACAUGUAUACAACAGUUUCAGUAUAAUUUGAUGGUAAGCUGCGAAAAUGUACCAUCAUAUUGGAUGAAACUUGCCUGGUCAGUGCAGUUGAAAAUAUUGUUACCCAGUUUAAAAAUCCUCACUUUAUUCGGUACAGAUGUACAAAUAAACUUUCAUAUUGAAUGAAAUAAUAUCCAAUCCAUAGUUCAUGAAUAUUAUAAAUUUGGCUUUAGUUAUAGUGAAUAAAGAUAGUAAUUUUG